UACAAGCAUUUUGUACAAGGACGACGGAUUCGGUCGAGGACCUCGCGUCCUUUCAAGGGACGCUCGUUCGACUCUCGUAGACUUGUUGUUUAAUCAGGAAAUUCUGAUGGGAGCUAUCUAAAUGAUUACGAAUGUUAUUGUGGCGUUUAUCGACCGUGUUUGAACAACCCCAGAAAUAAUAGAACUUUUGAUGAGUUGACCGUCUUUUAUCAAGUCACGGGACGGCCGAGUUGGACCGAGUUCAUCCGUGUUAUCUGCUUUAAAUAGCAAGGAGGAUGCAGGAGUACGAUUACUCUGGGCAAAUGUCUAUAUUAAGAUCGAAAAGAAAGGAAAAACGUUCGCGGCUAAGGUUGAAGAUCUUCAACUUCGAAGUAGGUUGCUCGAUCGCUGUUGAGAGGACAUGAAAUAGUGGUUUUCAUUCGUCGACGUUGGUGUUAGUGCAAUAUUUGCGUGGGUGAGGUAGAAGGGAAGGGAGCAUCCGCUCUAAUGGCGUCGGGAGCCAAGCACUGUUGUCACAUUUUGUCCUACAGUGUUUCAAUAUUUUGCUUUGUUUAUGUCGGUCAAGUUUUCGAGGAAGGAGACGAGAGAACCACGCGAGCUUGCGAAGGUUGGUACAGAGAGAGAGCUAGUCCUUAUAGAUGGCAAGGGCAGAAUCGUAGACUCAAUUCUCACCCAUCAGCAACUGAGCGAAGUGAUCAUGGAAGUAACAACAGAGGAGGCACAAGCGGUGCUGCUGGAAGGAAUGGAGGGUACGCAGUACAUCACCAUCCAAAGGACAGACGGGGAGACGCUGAGUAAAAGCGUGCCGCUUCUGACUCUAAACGGAGAACUUAUCUCCGAGGGAAUGGUCGUUGACAUGAUAAAUGCUGGCGUGUCAUCGGACUACGGCACAGCUAGCCAGUACUACGAGGAGGACGAUCUGUUGCCUCAUGAGUUAACAGAGGAAGAUCGAAGACUGGCGGCAGCUCUGGUAGCCGUUCAGCUGCAGCAGCAGCAAAAGCAGCAGCAACUCCACAACCAGAGCCAGGAUCCUACGUUGCCGGACGUGUCUCAUUUAGAAACGUUAUCCCCUGUAAACACGUACACGAUUGAAACUGUGCCACCCCCAGGCCCUCCCGUGUAUCCCACCCUUCAACCCUUCAAGCGAAUCACGCAUGGUGUGAAGCAGGAGUUCAUAAACGUGAAGAGUGAGUACGACGUCGAUGUGUCGGCUGAGAGCAGCGAGGACGCGACGCCGAGCUCCGGGCCGAAGAGAUCUCUGCCGCACAAGAAGCGGAUUCCUAGAAAACUGAAACAGCAGACGAAGAAGAACUCGUCGAGGAAGGAUGGAAAAGCGAGCGCGGAUAACGCGAAUGCGGAUAACUCUGGCGACGUGCAAUCACACGUGUUUAAGUGCGAAUUAUGUAGCUCCAGAUUUAGUAGCCAAUUGAAGUUCUUCGAGCAUUUGAAGGCGCAUUACGAGCCCGUGAAGCAAGAGACGAGAAUAGCGCAGGCGACGAACACGAACAUCACGAUAUCGGUCGCGGAAUCGGUGCAGAACCUCGAGAACUCGGUGAUCGAAGAGUUCAGUGAGCCCGAGGAUCUGAUGGAAGGCAUCAGAGGCGUUGUUGAGGAAACAGGUGCUCACAUAGACGAUGAGACGGAGUCGUCGUUAUCCGUGGUGAACAACGAUAACUCGUUGUGGGCGAUCGCCGAUGUCACCGGCAAUGUACAUAGGGAUCAAAUAAAGCCAUCUACCAUAGAUCAGGCCAUCCUCGACAAGGGAAAGACUGACAUUCCACAGACAACGAAGAAAAAGAAAGCGAAAGCAAGAAAGUCAAAUGACGAGUUAGCGUGUCCCCAAUGCGAUCGGUCGUUCCACCAUAAGAAUAGUUUAGUAUACCACAUGAGAUCUCACAGCGGGGAACGGCCUCACCAGUGCGAAGUCUGUGGAAAAAGUUUCUUCGCUGCCAGCGCGUUAAAGGUGCACAAGCGUCUCCACAGUGGCGACAAGCCGUAUAAAUGCGAGGACUGCGGCAGACACUUUCGCCAGUGGGGAGACCUGAAGUAUCACUCUACUAGCAUUCAUUCGGAACAGAAACAGUACCAAUGCGAGUACUGCGGUAAAGACUUCGCUCGGAAGUACUCGCUGAUCGUUCACAGGCGAAUACACACCGGCGAGAAGAAUUAUCGUUGCGAGUACUGUAACAAAACGUUCAGAGCCAGUAGCUAUCUACAGAAUCACCGGCGUAUUCACACGGGAGAGAAGCCUCACGCUUGCUCCGUAUGUGGGAAGCCGUUCCGAGUGCGCAGCGACAUGAAAAGGCACAUGCACACGCACUCCAGGACCACCGUCCGAGAGAGGUCCGCGAGAGCUCCGACGAGCAAGAAUCUAGAGGAGGAAGACGAGGAGAUGAGAAAGGAGAGAUCUCAAGCGAAGACCAUUCAGGAUCUCGUCCGGGACUUGAAACUCGAAGUUGAACCGUCGGGAGUCGUGGAGAUCGUCCCGCCAGACGAUAAUCCCGAGAGCAUUUUGCCACAUACCGACGGACAGGAUCUGGAAUACAACGUUACGGCAACAACGGACGCGGGCAACGACAGGGACCCUCUCGAAGCUGUCGUGCGCACCGCGGAUAAUAUGCAAUAUUUCUUCAUGUAAGGAGACGCUGUUCUAAGACGUCCGUCGCACAAAGGUGCCAGCCAGCGGACAACUCGAUCUUACUAAGCAUGUUACACGCAUCAACGCACUGUACUUUCCGGUUUCUCCGCUAGCCACUUUUUAUAUGAACGUUGCAACUUUGAAAUGAAUUACGACUUGAAAAUGUUAUACUUAAGACUGUUUUCAGCGGGAAACCUGGAUGAGUACAAGAAACACGUGGGCGUUAACUCCCACGGAGAAGUUACAUUUAAUCGUGUAUAUAUCGAUGCACAGGCGACUGCAUAUACUUAUACACUCAAGCACGUAAAAAAGUUAUGCAUACGUAUAUAUUGUACUAUAUAACUAUCCUUGAUGCUACUUGUACAUUUCUAAGUUUAAAUUAACUUAGUAGUUUAUAUCGCGAGUUGUCGAAAAAAAUAUAUUUUUUACGUGAAGACAUUUAUAAAAACGUUGUGGUCCACUCUCAUUUCAUACAAAAAUAAGUUUGUAUCUAAAUAAUGAUUGAAGGCACCGAAGGUAAGGGAGUCACGUCAUCAGAAUCGACGAACACGUGCAACAGUUGGGACAGAUCUCUAGAUUCGAGAGCCGCACUGAGUUUACCCGCAGCCUCUUUGCUGCUGAUCCUAAAUAAAGCAAUACGUUAACAAUUUU